UAAAAACAAUCUACAAUUCGCGUUGCAGGUUGUUGCUGGUAUUAUGUCGUUUUUUUGUAUUUUUUCUUCAAAAGAUCGAAAAUAUUGCAAAGGAAUGAUAUCAAGUUUGCUGAUUUUGUCAUGAUUUAUUAUUCUGUUAAUGCAAGUUUGCUCAGUGCUACGUGCCAUUGUACAAUACGCAAUAUUAAAAUCUAGUCUGCGACAUAACCUGGAAACAACACGUGUUUUCACAUUUGUUCUCAGCAGUGUUGCAAUUUUGUAGCAAUUUUCAACAAACAAAAUAUGAAUCUCCUUCCGAAAACACACGAGGAAUUUAGUCAGGCGGAAUACUGGAAUACAUUUUUCAAAAAACGUGGGAAGAAGGCUUUUGAAUGGUAUGGCGAGUAUCCAGAAUUAUGCGAAAUACUUGUGAAAUAUGUCAAAAUGAAGGAUGACAUCUUAAUCGUUGGUUGUGGGAAUUCUACAUUAAGUAUGUCUUUGUAUGAUGUUGGUUAUAGAAAUAUCAUUAAUAUUGAUAUAUCACAUAUUGUCAUCAAGCAAAUGCGUGACAUAAAUAACGGUACCAGGCCAGAUUUAAUAUAUGAACAUAUGGAUGCCACGAAAAUGACAUAUCCUGAUGAGAAAUUUAGUGUGAUUCUUGACAAAGGUACAUUGGAUGCUCUAAUGCCAGAUGCCAAAGAAACAACAGUAUCUAUAAUUGAUAAAUAUUUUAAAGAAAUCACACGGGUGUUACGGAAUGGAGGCAGGUACAUCUGCAUAUCAUUGCUACAGGAGCACAUCUUGCGUAAACUCUUGUCAUACUUUCCUGUUUCGGGCUUUAUGUUCCGCAUAACGCGGUGUCAUGAAGCCGAAUCAAAGGCACGCGUCGAGGAAGGCAGUUCGGUUCCCGUCUUUGUGAUCAUUGCUACAAAAUUCAAUAAAUUAUCGCAAACCGUUCUCGAAAUAGCUCUGGUCGAUGGUCCACCUGAACGAUUAUCUACAACGGACGACAUGAUAUCCGCGGUUUUAUCCGCGCAACAAUCGGCAUUAGUGUGCAACAGUCUUUACAAGAGAAGCGUCGCGGAUGUAGGAGAAGUAUCGUUGGAUUUGCAUCGUCCUGGUGACGAACAUCCACGAUACACCGUCUACGUUCUCGAUCAACCGCGUACACAUGGGGCAAAGACGUAUGCGGCUUUCAUCGUCCCACAGGGAAAAGAAACAGAUUGGUUAUUUAGUACGAAAGAAGGACGACAACAAGUCUUGAAGAGCGCGCAGCGAGAUAGACUCGCGAUCGUCACCUUACGUAGAGAACACAAGUUUGAAAAUUGGGACGCCGUCAAAGCGGAGUUGGAAGAUUGCGUUCGUAAUUUAGCACCGGCCGGCUUAUGCGACAAGAACGAUAUUCCCUUUCUGUCUUUGGGUUCCGAUGUCGGGGUUCGAACUGUUUGCUACGAAGGAAAGAGCGACAUCAGUGGACCAUUCGUUAUUGAAGAAGUGAAAAAGGAUAACCAUGAGUUUAGGCGGCUUAUAUUUCUGAAUAACCCAUAUGUUAUUCAGAGCGAAGCUAGACUGAAGGAAGCAAAAUCUAGGCGUGGUAAAACGAAGAAAAUUGUCGAUCCUGGAUUUUUGGCUUGUGAACAUCACAUACAUAUGAGUGCUGGAGUGAAUGCGGUAAUAGACACAAAGAUACAGGACGAAAUUAUGAUCAUAGGACUUGGAGGUGGUGGUCUAUGCCUGUUCUUACAUCAUUGUUUUCCCAAACUGAAAAUUACUGCAGUCGAAAUUGACAAUGCGAUGCUAAAAGUGGCUACAGAAUACUUUAAUGUCAUUCUUGAUGAUCGAAUGAAAGUGGAGAUUGCAGAUGGAAUUCGAUAUAUAAAAGAUGUUGCGAUAUCUGAAACAAAAUACAAGGCGAUACUUUUCGAUAUCGAUAGCAAAGAUACUACUAUUGGAAUGAGUUGUCCGCCUAAACAAUUUCUCGAAAUAUCAGUUUUAAAAGCAGUUGCGGCAUGUUUGACAAAGGACGGUCUUUUUAUUUUGAAUUUGGUCAGUAGAGACAAGAGUUUGAAACAGAAAGUCAAGGAUGACCUGAAAUCUGUAUUCCAAUCGAUCGCUUGUCACGCCAUUCAAGAUGAAGUAAAUGAAAUUGUGAUGUGUUCCAUAGAAAAACACAAUCCAAAGGAAUGGAGAAAUAAACUUAGACUUGCUGUUAUUGAUUUGAACAAACAAGCAGCUGCAAGAAAAUUAUCCUCUUUUAAGGAAGCAUUUGAUGUUUCCACACUUUUAGAAAGUUUAUCUACGGAAUCUUAAUCAUUUUGUACAAACGCAUUCGUUGUGAGAAAUAAAAUUUGAAAUAUAA